AUGUAACCAUUUAAUUAACUCUCAAUACUCUCUCUCCAAAUGGAUUACCAAGCACAAGCUCUCACACACAUAUUGCAUAAGUUUUUAAUUAUGUUCAAGUUUAUAUGUGUAAGUACUAGUAAAUUGUAAGCUUAUAUAUAUAUAUAUAUAUAUAAGUUUUUACACAUCUGCUGUGGGUUUUGGAGAGAAUGGCAGUGUCAGCUGAUGGCCGGAUGACCUUCUCAGCCGCCGGCAUAUGCGGCAGGACCGCAGCGGCGGGGAGGAGCUGGAGGCUAUUGAAGUUCUGCAAUGGGGAGGCGAUGGGGAAGAAGCUGAACCUGCUGACCAAAUUUCAUCAAGGGCACCGUAAGACCACCAUUGCUGGGCAACACGUCUGCAUGUCUCUCACUGCUGAUGUCCUUGUGGAGACUAAGUUGAGGGAUUUGGGCAUGGAAAAGAUAGACCCACGAACCGCCGUGGCAAUAAUAUUAGGAGGAGGAGCUGGUACUCGUCUUUUCCCCCUUACCAAGCGCCGAGCCAAACCUGCAGUCCCCAUCGGAGGAGCCUAUAGGCUGAUUGAUGUGCCAAUGAGCAACUGUAUUAACAGUGGGAUUACCAAAAUCUAUAUUCUCACCCAGUUCAACUCAGCAUCGCUCAACAGGCAUCUUGCACGGGCAUACGACUUUGGGAACUUUGGAGAUGGUUCUGUCGAGGUUCUUGCAGCCACUCAAACCCCAGGGGAGGCAGGCAAAAAGUGGUUCCAGGGUACUGCAGAUGCUGUGCGGCAGUUUCAUUGGCUUUUUGAGGGUGCAAGAAGUAAGGAUGUUGAGGAUGUGAUGAUUCUUUCAGGAGAUCACUUGUAUCGUAUGGACUAUAUGGACUUCAUUCAGAAUCACCGGAAGAGUGGUGCCGACAUCACCAUUUCUUGCGUGCCUAUGGAUGACAGCCGUGCCUCAGAUUUUGGUUUAAUGAAGAUAGACAAUAAAGGGAGGGUCCUUUUUUUCAGUGAAAAGCCUAAAGGAGCAGAUUUGAAAGCCAUGGAAGUAGAUACAACGGUAUUGGGACUGUCGCGACAAGAGGCAGAAAAGAAGCCAUACAUCGCUUCAAUGGGAGUAUAUGUCUUCAAGAAAGAGAUACUUUUGAAUCUGUUGAGAUGGCGAUUUCCAACUGCAAACGAUUUUGGGUCAGAGAUAAUCCCUGCCUCGGCCAAAGAAUUCUUCAUCAAGGCUUAUCUGUUUAAUGAUUACUGGGAAGAUAUUGGCACUAUCAGAUCCUUCUUUGAGGCAAACCUUGCUCUUACAUCACACCCUCCAAGGUUUAGCUUUUAUGAUGCAACAAAGCCAAUGUAUACCUCAAGAAGGACCUUGCCACCAUCAAAGAUUGACAACAGCAAACUUGUUGAUUCAAUCAUAUCCCACGGAAGUUUCUUAACAAAUUGCUUCAUAGAGCACAGCGUCAUUGGUAUUCGAUCCCGAAUCAACUCUAAAGCACACUUAAAGGACACAGUGAUGCUCGGUGCCGACUACUACGAAACAGAUGCUGAAAUAGCAUCACUGUUAGCAGAAGGAAGAGUUCCAAUCGGAAUAGGAGAAAACACAAGGAUCAAAGAUUGCAUUAUCGACAAGAAUGCCAGAAUUGGGAAGAAUGUUAUCAUAUCAAACUCAGAGGGUGUACAAGAGGCUGACAGAUCUUCUGAAGGGUUCUACAUACGUUCUGGCAUUACCAUUACACUUAAAAACUCAACAAUUAAAGAUGGAACUGUGAUAUGAUCAAUCUUUCCACCUUCAUAAUAAAUCUAUUGCUUCUUAUUUUUUCCUAUUUACUGGUUGAUCAGAUUUGAGAACUAAUCAAGAAGGUUGAGAUUUGAGCCA